AUGUCCCGGUACUCCAUACCAUCUCCUGGCAAAGAUUUACCGUGGGAUGACCUGGAUCCAGCGGUUAAGGAUAAUGGGGCCGAGACAUUCAUCAAACAACACUCACCAGGAUAUAUGGAUGAUAGCUCAGUUUCUCCUUCGACUGGAUCUUCCCCGUUUUCACCGACUUCCGCACACGAUACAGAUGGGCCAAGCAGCACUACAACGCUAUCAACAGCCAACACAUUGAGCGACACUUUCGCCGUAUCGCCGACCACAACGCUCAGAUCAGACCCACCGGAGAUCUCCCGUUCUUCCAGUUGUGGGACAGCUCCAACAAGUAGGAUAGAAAAGCCCUCCGCCACAAGAUCAAUCAAUGAAAGGUCCGCUUCCCAUGUAAAUACCAACCAAGAUGGGCAACGUUAUAAGGACCUACUUGGUAUCCCCAAGCGGUCACGUACAUCCCAACAGAAUAAAGACGUUGAAACUCUGGGAAAUCGAUUGGCUAGCCGAAGAUUUAGAGCCAAAUUUCAGUCAGCCAAAGCGGUAACUAUCGAAUCAGAAAAUAAGCUUAGAAAAUCGAAGAUUUGGAAGAGGCUUUGGCUGCGUCAGAAGCGACAUGUAGAAAUCUUGAAGCUCAAUCACGUUCUCAGCAAGAAUUAA